GGGUGGUGGUGGUUUGCAGCUGUGUGGAAGCUGGAGCUCUGCACACACACACGCAGACACACACACAUGAACACGCUAUUCGGAACUUUGGCACGAGACUGGCAGCGCGCGCGAGCUCCCUCUUACUCGGUUUCACUGGAUGCUGACAGUUAACGCUUGGGAAACCAGUACUCAGCUUGUCUGCUAUAUUUAAACUGGCAUAAACUUAUAUUUGAAUAACUGGCAGCCUUCUUUGUCAUAAUGAGGCUGUUGUUGGUGCUGCUUUUGCUCUGUGCGAACGAAAGUCUCUGCCAGAAAGACUGCACUGGGGUGGAGUGCCCCCUGCUUAAUAACUGCAUUGAGGAAGUUUUGGAAAAUGGAGCCUGUUGUGCUACUUGUCUACAAACUGGGUGCACAUGUGAAGGCUACCAGUACUACGACUGUCUUAAUGCUGGUUUCAGAUCUGGCCGAGUGCCAGAGGGAGAAUCUUACUUGGUGGAUUUUGGAAGCACAGAGUGCUCUUGCCCACAGGGUGGUGGUCGGAUCAGUUGCCAUUUUAUUCCAUGUCCUGAGCUUCCCUCUAACUGCAUCGAAAUGUCUGAGCCAAUGGAUGGGUGUAUUCAGUGUGAGCGGAUAGGCUGCGUGUAUGAAGGGCAAAAGUAUGAGGCUGGCCAUUCAUUCCGCAUGGAAGAAGUCUGCCAAGUCUGCCACUGCCCUAAUAAUGGUGGGAAGUUAAUGUGUUCUCCGAUCCCAGAAUGUGAUCUAAGGCAAGUACAUAAACCCAUACUUGCAAGUACAACAGAGGAAAACACACCAUGGAAACGUCAAAAUAAAAUAAAAAAUCUGUUCAACCAUCAAGCCUCAAGAAGUCCUUUCUCCAAACCUUUUCCACAGUCAUACAUUGACAGUAUGUCUCCAUUUAAACCUACUCCGAUUGAUAUGGAUGAAGAAGAAGAGGAGGAGGAGGAGGACUACGACUACCAUACUCCAGACUCCUCGACGCAAUCUCAGCCUGACCUAACUUCUUUAAUGGAAUCCUAUGUUAUUUCAGUUUCUGAUCUGGAAAGCAAUCCCCCCCACCAAGCCAGAGAAACCAAACAAGAGCUUAAAGAUAGAAUUGGUGUUCAUGAAGCAACAACAGAAAGACCAUGGUUUCCCUUCCAUAAAGAGAGGGCAGAUAGGACAAAACAUAGUCGUCAUAAAGUGAACUCUAUAAAAGACCCUUUAGAAGAUUCUGAACACAAUAUUAGAGAGCCACGAAUUAACAUUCAUAAAGCUGGUGCCGACAAAGAGAAAAUCCCCAUCCAUAGAGAUAUCACCCAUGAAGAACAGUUCUCUAUUUUUAGAGACAUUACUGUAAAUGAGAGUUUGGGUCAAAAUGAAGACAAUAGCAACACCGAGAUUCCUGAACAUAGUGACACAGCCACCCCGACGAUGCUGUCGGAAGAAACGAAAGAAACCACCAAUAGUAAUGAGUUUAAUUCAUACGAAGACAGCACAUACAGUGAAAUAGUCACUGACUCUCCAGUAACUGAAGUUCCACCUGUGCCUCAAACUACAGAGAAGACACAGAUGACAACAGCUUGGCAGACUACUGGAGGCAGUUUUUCACCAGAUCAAUUUUACUCUAGCACACCAGAAACUACAGAAUUAUACAGCACCCAAAAGGAAGAGGUGACCAUAAAAGACCAAGACGUCUCAUUAAACAAUGUCACAGAGGUCGAUAAAAAUCAUGAGAUGGAUGAAAUUGUUGAGAAACAUGAAAUAUACACUUUUACUGGUUCACAAAGCACCUCAAGCAGUGAGCAUACAUCUUCCGCAGUAACAUACAGACCUUUAGUAGAGAAUGAAACCAAACCAAUGGUACAACCAGAAAUGUAUACAAAUCCUCCUGUGAUAUUCAGCCCAACCACCCAGUCACUUUUAAGGGUGAACAGUGAAGACGGACAGCUUGUAAAUAAACAUUCGGAGAGUCUGUUUGAAGUUGCAGAGAGGGAAGAAGAACUGACUGAGGGAAAGGAAGAGAAAGACAACAUACUCGGUUCCAUUACAGAAGUCACAGAGGGAAUGACUGCUAUGGACGUAGUGGAUAUCUGUUGUGAAGCUGGGAAGAAAUGGGCCUCAGUGAACCAGAACUGCAACCAUCUGACUCCUGUGUUAAAAGACGAAUCAUUCUGUGGGGGUGUUCAGGAACAAUGUUGUGCAGGUGCACUGAAAGAGAGCAAGUGUUUAACUGGCAUGUAUGCUGCCAGAGCUGGUGAGGUGUGUGAAGAAAACACCAACCCACACUGCGGAGAGGAUACCCAAAAGGAGUGCUGCAGCUGUUGUGCACUUGGAUUGCGUAUUCGACAGGAGGGAAUAAGCUGUGUCGCACUUCAACACCUUAGUGACACUUGUGGACAUGUUUCUCUCACCUGCUGUGAGGAAGAAGAGGAAGGCUAUAGCACACCUGUACUAAAGAGAAAGGAGAGACCUAGACCUACCACCCUGCCAAAAAAAGUGGUUGACAGACUGUUCCCUAAGCAGUCUCUUUUCAUUACGGAUUCUGAGCACGCAUCUAACGCUGUGGAGAACCUGGAGGAUGUAGAUGAGUGUGAGAGAUUUGAGGGACAACGCUGCCUUCACAUCUGCAUCAACACUUUGGGAUCCUACAAGUGUACAUGCCACCCUGGAUUUACCCUGAUGCAGGAUGGACACACAUGUGAACUUGAGAACGCUGAGGAGGACAACAGAGUGACAGAGGAAGAAAACGUGUUUACUUUGACCACACCACCUCAAGAGACGACCCAAAUCUACUUACAAGAUCCGUGUGAAGGUAAUGGCCCAUGCUCUCAGCAAUGCUCAGCUGUGAAUGGACUGGCCCGCUGUUCCUGUUUUCCAGGAUUCUCGCUGAAUUCUGACGGACGGACGUGCGAAGAUGUGGAUGAGUGCAGCAGGGCCACACACACUUGCUCUCCCAAAGAGAUGUGUAUGAACUUGGAAGGUUCCUACCAGUGUGUGCUUCUGAAUGACAGGUGCGACGUGGGCUUUAUACACAACCAGAAUAGAGAUUGCGUGGAUGUGAACGAGUGUGUCACAAACACACACACCUGCCAGUCCAACGAGCGCUGUGUGAACACAGUGGGGGCUUUCAUGUGUGAGAGGCAGAUUUCUUGUUCGAGUGGAUACCAGCUGAGGAAUGGGGUGUGUGAAGAUAUUGAUGAAUGUGCUGCGCGGAGCCAUGAUUGUGGUUUGGGAUUCCAGUGCCAGAACACACACGGCUCAUUCCGCUGUAGCCCGAAGCAGCAGCCCUGCCUUACCGGAUUCUCUCAAGACCCCCACGGCAACUGCAUCGACGUUGAUGAGUGCAGAGUUGUGAAAGAGCCGUGUACGGAGGGUUUUAACUGCGUAAACACUGUGGGCUCCUAUACCUGCCAGCGCAAGAUUAUAUUAUGCAGCCGAGGAUAUCACUCCAGCCCUGAUGGUUCACGCUGUGUCGAUGUGGAUGAGUGUGUAACUGGAACGCACCGCUGUUCUGAGGGACAGAUCUGCCACAAUCUCCCUGGCAGUUACCGAUGUGAAUGUCAGUCAGGCUACCAGUAUGAUGCCAUUCGCCGUCUUUGCAUUGAUGUGAAUGAGUGCUGGCGCUACCCAGGGCGUCUUUGUUCUCAGACAUGUGAGAACACCGUGGGCUCUUAUAAGUGCUCCUGCACCACAGGCUUCUCCCUUGCGUCUGAUGGCAAGAAUUGUGAAGAUGUUAAUGAAUGUGACAACAAUCCCUGCAGUCAGGAGUGUGCCAACAUCUAUGGCUCCUACCAGUGCUAUUGCCGUGUGGGAUAUUAUCUAAAGGAGGAUGGCCACACCUGUGAAGAUAUUGAUGAGUGCUCUCAAAGUAUGGGGAACAUGUGCGCCUUUCAGUGUGUGAAUGUUCAAGGCAGCUACCAGUGUGCCUGCCCCCUUCAUGGCUAUUCAAUGUCAGCCAAUGGACGCACAUGUCAAGAUAUUGACGAGUGUGCAGCAGGAACACACAACUGCUCAGCAACCCAGACGUGCUACAACAUCCAGGGAGGAUUUCGCUGCAUGUCCUUUACAUGCCCUGAGAACUACAAGAAAGUGUCGGACACACGCUGUGAGAGGAUAGGCUGCUUCGGCUCCCAGUGCCAGAACAUCCCAGUCCAUAUCACCUAUUACCAGCUAAGCUUCCAGACUAACACCGUCACCCCGGCGCAGAUCUUCCGCAUCGGCCCCUCUCCAGCCUACUCGGGUGAUAGCAUCAUCAUUAGCAUCCCGCGUGGCAAUGAAGAAGGUUACUUUAGCACGCGCAGGCUCAACAGCUUUACCGGAGCCGUGUACCUGCAGCGACAGCCUCAUGGCCCGCGUGAUUUCCUCAUCGACGUGGAGAUGAAGUUGCUGCGCCAGGGCACAGUCACCACAUUCCUUACCCGCAUCUACGUCUUCAUCAUAGUGCAAUCCAUGUGAUGACACCUCGUGUUGCCUCACAUCUUGCUUUCAUAGGGAGCUAAGUUCAUGAGGGGGUUGUCAGAAUAUCUCAUUAUCCGCAUUGCUGAACAGAUUUUCAAAAGACGCUUGUCCCAAAAAGGUUUGAUUGUGCUUUUUUUUUCUUUUUUCCAAAUCCAACAGCUUGUGUUCUGUAAUGAUUUGAAAUAGAAAGACAGAAAUAUUUUGAUUUCCAUCUACAUUUCUCAAUUGCCAGAUUUUUUUUUUUUUUUUUUUUUUUAACAGUUUGUUUUUUUUCUCAACUUUUUCUGUACUGUGUCAUUAUUUGUACAAAGCAUGCUUCCUGGCAAAGCAAAACAGUGGGAAGGAUGGAAUGGAAAAUAACAUGGAUCCUUAAUCGUUCCUCACAUAAGUGCUGUAUCCCUUUAUUUUAGCUACUAAACGUCUUAGACAGUUAAGGAACAAUUAUUGUACUUAUUGUACUCUAAAAUAUAAUUAGCUGCAUCAGUGUAUGUACUCCUAAUGAGUACAUCGACAGCACUUCUCUUCAACAUCUGUAAUCACUGUGAUUCAUAUUUUGCAACUGAAAGGAUGUAUAAUAUUUUGUAAUAUUUGUACUUUGCUUGUUUCAUUUGUAUCUGUUAAUGCAAGGCACAUUUGACAGUCACACUUAGAGUGUGUGUGAGCUACAAUACAGCACUGAGGACAUGAAAUGUUUAAACGUUUUUAUGUGGAGGGUUUUUUUUCCUUUCUUUCUUUCUAUAUCUAUUUCUGUAUAUUAUCCAAUCCUCUCAGGGUAAAAGUAUCAGCUCAUUUCUUCAAACAAUGUCUAAGUUUAAAUCACCACUGGUUUAAUAAAUAAACAAUAAAUAACGGACCCACAAUGCGGAUUUAUAAA